UUUGAGAGCAGUUUUCUUUUUUUCUUGUGCCAAACUCCCGAAAUUCCAUUAAACACAUUAAACCAGUUUGCUGCUAAGAAUUGUCGACGCCACCGCCAUCGGGUAAACAUCUUCAAUAGCAGUUCCCCACAAACAUCGACAUCAAAACCAUCGUCUUUGUUGUCGUCACCAUCGAACGAACGAACAGCAUCAACUUUACUCUACUAGCAAAUGAAAAGGAGGACAAAAACAACAAAUCCUAUUAAAAUGAUUCAUCCUCUUUAAAUUAAAGAAACAUAAUGCUCGCAUUGUAUACGAAAUAUAUCUACACCUUUGCGACCUGCUUGCUGUUGCUGGUGACAGGAGUCAGUUGUGCCAAUGAUGCUAGCGAUGAUAUCUACACCAUAGGUGGGGUGUUGGCCGAUAAUGAUAGUGAAAAUCAUUUUCGCCAGACCAUAUCGCUGCUGAAUUUUCGAAAUAACUACAAAAGCAGCCGUAAUAUGACCUAUUAUGGCAAAACCAUUCGCAUGGACAAAAAUCCUAUAAAAACUGUAUUUAAUGUCUGUGAUAAGUUGAUUGACCAAAGGGUCUAUGCCGUGGUUGUCUCACAUACCUCCACCUCUGGCGACUUAUCACCGGCUGCUGUCAGCUACACCAGUGGUUUCUUUCAAAUACCUGUUAUAGGCAUCUCAUCGCGAGAUGCUGCCUUUUCGGAUAAGAAUAUUCAUGUGUCCUUUUUGCGCACAGUGCCACCGUAUUAUCAUCAGGCAGAUGUAUGGCUGGAAAUGUUAAAUCAUUUUGGUUAUACCAAGGUGAUAAUUAUUCACAGCUCCGAUACUGAUGGUCGUGCCAUUUUGGGCAGAUUCCAAACUACCUCACAAACCUAUUAUGAUGAUAUCGAUGUUAAGGCCACUGUGGAAAUGAUAGUGGAAUUUGAGCCAAAGUUGGAAAGUUUUGCCGAACAUUUGAUUGAUAUGAAGACGGCACAAAGCAGAGUGUAUUUGGUGUAUGCCAGCACUGAGGAUGCCCAGGUUAUAUUCCGUGAUGCUGCCACUUAUAAUAUGACCGAGGCUGGUCAUGUUUGGAUUGUUACCGAGCAGGCGUUGAAUGCCACCAAUAUACCAGAUGGUGUUUUGGGUCUACAAUUGGAACAUGUGAAUAAUGACACUAUUCAUUUGAUGGAUACCGUUUAUGUUCUGGCCUCAGCCAUUCGUGAAAUGAUGCAAAAUGAAACCAUAACGGAACCUCCCAAGAACUGUGAUGAUUCCGGGGUCAAUUGGGAAUCAGGUAAACGCCUUUUCCAUUAUCUCAAAACCCGCAACAUCACAGGCGAGACUGGACAGGUGGCAUUCGAUGAUAAUGGUGAUCGCAUUUAUGCUGGCUAUGAUGUCAUCAAUAUGAGACCCAAACAGAAGAGACAUGUUGUGGGUAAAUUUUAUUACGAUACGAACAAAGCCACCAUGCGUUUGAAAAUCGAUGAUAGUCAAAUUAUAUGGCCUGGGCGUCAAAAGAAGAAACCCGAGGGCAUAAUGAUACCCACACAUCUGAAAGUCUUGACCAUAGAGGAGAAGCCAUUUGUGUAUGUAAGACGUCUGACAGAUGAUGAAGUCAAUUGUAUGGAUGAUGAGGUGCCAUGUCCUUUGUUCAACAAUACAAAUGGAGUGGAAAAUGACUACUGUUGCCGUGGCUAUUGCAUUGAUCUACUCAAGGCUUUGUCGCAACGUAUCAAUUUCACCUUUGAACUGGGGCUCUCGCCCGAUGGACAAUUUGGCCAUUAUAUACUGAGAAAUUCUUCCACUGGCACAUUACCCUCAACACCACCCAAAAAGGAAUGGACCGGACUAAUAGGCGAGUUGGUGAAUGAACGGGCCGACAUGAUUGUAGCACCAUUGACCAUUAAUCCAGAGCGUGCCGAAUACAUCGAGUUUUCGAAACCCUUCAAAUAUCAAGGCAUUACAAUACUCGAAAAGAAACCAUCACGUUCGAGUACUUUAGUGUCUUUCCUGCAGCCAUUCAGCAACACGCUGUGGAUAUUGGUGGUGGUGUCAGUCCAUGUGGUGGCUUUGGUUCUCUAUCUCUUGGACAGAUUCUCUCCCUUUGGCCGUUUUAAGCUCUCUCACGUUGAUAGCCACGAAGAGAAAGCUUUGAAUCUCAGCUCUGCCAUAUGGUUUGCUUGGGGUGUUUUACUGAACAGUGGCAUUGGUGAGGGUACUCCCCGAAGCUUUUCGGCUCGUGUCUUGGGCAUGGUUUGGGCCGGCUUUGCUAUGAUCAUUGUCGCUUCCUACACUGCCAACUUGGCUGCUUUCCUCGUGUUAGAGCGUCCCAAAACGAAAUUGAGUGGCAUCAAUGAUGCCCGUCUGCGUAAUACCAUGGAGAAUUUGACCUGCGCCACUGUCAAAGGAUCUUCGGUGGAUAUGUAUUUUAGACGCCAGGUGGAGCUCUCGAAUAUGUAUCGUACCAUGGAGGCUAAUAACUAUGAUACAGCUGAAAAAGCCAUAGAGGAUGUUAAGAAGGGCAAAUUAAUGGCCUUCAUAUGGGAUUCCUCACGUUUGGAAUAUGAAGCCUCCAAAGAUUGUGAGUUGGUUACUGCUGGGGAAUUAUUUGGUCGCAGUGGUUAUGGCAUUGGUCUACAGAAGGGAUCGCCUUGGACAGAUGCGGUAACUCUAACCAUUUUGGAAUUUCAUGAAAGCGGUUUCAUGGAGGCCCUAGACAAAGCUUGGAUAUUUCACGGUAAUGCCCAACAAUGUGAACAAUUUGAAAAGACCCCCAAUACCCUGGGUCUGAAGAAUAUGGCUGGAGUUUUCAUAUUGGUAGCAGCAGGGGUCGCCAUAGGUGUGGGCCUAAUAAUCAUAGAAGUGAUUUAUAAACGACACCAGGUGAAGAAACAAAAACGAAUGGAUAUAGCACGGCAUGCAGCAGCCAAAUGGCGAGGGACCAUUGAGAAACGCAAAACCAUUCGAACCUCCUUGGCCAUGCAACGUCAAUACAAUGUGGGCCUGAAUGCAAAUCCUGGCACCAUUAGUUAUACCGUAGACAAAAGACGCUUUCAUCGUUUGGGUGUACCUCGAGCACCCGAGAAUGCCUGGAUUGGUGAUAAUGAUAUGUUGAGAAAUCGUCGCUUCUUGGAUCCCUCGCUAAAGCCAAAACAUUCACCUAAGGUGCAUGCCCCUCUACUGGGUAGAUUGCGUACACCGGGUAAUAUCAUGCCACCGAAAUAUUCUCCAGGCUAUACUAGUGAUGUCUCACAUUUGGUGGUUUAAUCUUAAAAACAACGAUAACUGAAGACAAAGAGUUUUUAUUUUGUGACUAUCUGAAAAUAUUUUGUUGUUAUUGUACGAUGAUUGUACUUGCAGAAAUGUUAUAUGUGAAAUGUUAUUUCUUUUAGUUGAAAAAAUUGUGAUUUAUUUUGCUAUAAUUGGUAAGGAAUGUUGGAAUUAUCAAAAGGAAAGGAUUACAUAUGUCCAAAGGAUCUAGUAUGCUUUAAAUUUUUGUUGAAGCUUUUGAACAUUUUUUUUAAUUUAUAAAAUAUGCUUGUGGUUUUUGUGUAAUUGGUAUGUAUCAAUAAUAUUUACCUCUUUCUUAUAUGUUUUAUAAUUAAAUAAACAUUGCAAAGAAUGUACUCCAAAAACCGGAAACGAAAAACAUCCCGCUGUAA